UGAGGUCAUUGACGGAUAAGGAAGUUAUGCUGGAAUUUGAGUGAGCGCAUUUGUCUACUGUGAGCGCUGCUGAGGCUGCAGGCAACAAGAUUCUAACACGAAGACGGUCAUUACAUAACCAGGACCAAGAUGUCGUCCACCUCACAAAAACAUAAAGACUUCGUAGCCGAGCCCAUGGGGGAGAAGCCGGUGACGAACCUCGCAGGCAUCGGAGAGGUACUGGGAAGCCGCCUGGAGGAGAAAGGUUUCGACAAGGCAUACGUGGUCCUGGGCCAGUUCCUGGUCUUGAAGAAGGACGAAGAGCUCUUCCGUGAUUGGUUAAAAGACACAUGCGGGGCCAACGCCAAACAGCAAGGUGACUGCUAUGGCUGCCUUCGGGAGUGGUGUGACGCCUUCCUGUAGAUGACAAGCAGACUGUUGGGUUUUUUGAUUGUUUUUGUUUUUCCUUUUUAUAUAUAUAAAUAUAAUUCACACAUGGUUUACCUCUAAUGGACACAGACCUCCUGUGUUGACUGCUUGCGAGUGACUUUGGAUUGGUAGUUAAUUAGCCUCACUGAGCAAAGACUUAAGAUCGUUUAGUGUAUCGUAACCAAUGAUCUGCAACAGCAGUCCACCUUCAUGUCUAAUUUAGCUCUAAUAUGUAUGCAGAGCAUCUGCGUAGCACCUGAUGCUGUUAUUGGGGUGUUUUAUUUGUUUGUUUGUUUUUUUUUCCGGAAAUGAUUUGUUUGAGUUUCAGCGACCAUGGCGUUAAUAUAGAUUGGGUGCAUUCACCAGGGCUUCGUCUGUGCUUCUCUACUGAUUGUCAUCAACUGCUUGGUCCAUCACGUUUUUUUUUUUUGUCCAGUACUUUGUCAAAUGGCUUCCCUCAGCCACAAUGGCCUAUUAGCAAGGCUGUCUUUUAGUGAAUGGUUUUAAUAUCUGCAGCUCUGUAAUACCCCAGUCUAUAAUGUAAAAUGCAAGGGAUGUGUCACACGUGGUGUUUAAAUGUUUCAAGAAGCUGAAUGUGGUGGCACUCACCCCUGUUUAAACUGUAAGAUGCCUUAAAGUACCCUGGAAACAUACUGUUGUUUAACUAUCAUGCCAGCUAGCCAACGUGGAUUGGAGUUUUUUUAAGAGAUGUUGAAGGAUGUUUUUGUUUUUACUUGAAGUUGUUCAAAUCCCACUUUUAAAUCGGGUGUGUGGAGCCAUCUGUUCUUCCCUGGAUUCAAAUGUCACUGGCUGGCCCUUGCUUCUCUUCUUCUCAACUGCUAACAGUGAGUUAACAGAGCUGAGUAGUGCAGCGGCACUGCAGUAGAAAGUUGUGCUGUUACUACCAGCGUAAAACGUAAACGUAAAACACGCAGGUGAUCACUCACGUGCACACACAUACUGCUGCCUGUCAAUGUUGGCCAAACUGUGAAGAUCAACAAUAUCCAUUUUAAGACUUUGUAUCACUUGAUUUAAUUUUGCUUUCUCACGAAAAGUCAUAAGCCUACAUAAUUUUGGCAUGUAUUGUAUGUAAGGUUUGUGUAUUUUUAAAAAAUAAAGACAUGUUAGGAAAUAAUAAACGGCAAACAUCA